AUGGGAAACGCUUUCAUUGCCCACCGUGGUCAUAUUGUCACUGCUGUUGCUGUUGCUGCUGCUGUGGCUUCUGCUGUUCUUGUAUUUUGCAUUGUAUCACUGACAAAUAAGCCAACUUUAAACCCUGAUGACUGUAAGCUGCUAUUGGCAGCCUCCGAACAUGGGAGACGCCCGUGCCCGACUGACUGGAUUGGGUACCAGAUGAAAUGUUUCUACUUCUCAGAUAAAGAAGAAACCUGGUCUGCUAGUCAACACUUUUGCUCUUUGUACAAUGCCUCGCUGGUCAUUAUUGAAAAGGAAGAAAUGGAUUUUGUGCAGCGUUACAAAGGCAGCAUUUCCCACUGGAUUGGCCUCCAACGAGACCCGAAGCAGCCCUGGAAAUGGGUCAACGGAAGUGCUUCAACGUGGGAGGUCCUCGGUGAUGGAGGGAACUGUGCCUUCCUGAAUGACGAAGGCAGAGCAAGCUGUUCCAGGUGCCUCACCCGCCAUCACUGGAUAUGCAGCAAGCCUGAUGAGUUCACACGUCCAAAGAUAGUUUGAAGAUACACGGCUUCCAAUCCACCCAACUGGCAUUAUCUCCUAAUGUUGGAUAAAGUAAUGC